AUGUAUACCACAGCUUGCGACCAUUGCAGGAGACUCCGGAUCAAAUGCGUCCGUCAGCACGAAGGUCGGAUCCCGGACGAGGUAUGCGAAGCUUGUCUGCAGAGUGAGACUCCGUGUACUACGACUAAGAGGAAGGUCGGGCGACAAGUAGGAUCCAAGAACAAGCGACCUAGAUUCACGUCAACAUCCUCGUCGAGUGUGACUACAAAUACGUACACGAAUCCGAGGCCGUCUUCAGCAGAUCGGUACUAUGCUGGUCUACCAGGUCCAUCGAAUGUGACAACGACCGACGCUGGACACUUGCCCAAUCCGUUACACGUCUUGGCUUCCGAGGCUUAUCAUCGUGAUGCCGAUGAACCUCCAGGCUACGAUCAUCCUUUCCGGGAUAGCACCUCGAUCCUGGACGGCUUCCCCGAAUGGUCGACCAGGAUCUGUGGGGGUUCGAGUACGGGCCGAGCGGGGUUGUUACAGCGUAUCGAUAGGUUGUUGGCCCACGAGCAGACCCUACGAUCAGGGUCAGGAGAUGAUGGGCUGGUCUUUCAUGGUCGGGUGGAUAUGGCUCGUCCAGAUGCGGCACCCGAGGACGAUGUCAUCUCUCUACAGAUCAUCUCCCUGCCAGAUGCCCAGCACUUGUUCGACUCCUUCAUGAAUCUCCUCACCAACGGAUCGAUGUACUUUGACCCCCGUAUCCAUACCCUCCCUUACAUCCGCUCUCAUUCCUCGUUCCUCCUGUGUACGAUCCUGACCAUCUCGAGCUCUUUCAGACCCAUCUCCCCCUCGCCACUCUUACACUCCCGGCUCGUCCCGCACCUGACCCGGCUCGAACACAAAAUCCGGACAAAAGGUUUCAAAUCCAUCGAGAUCAUACAAGCAUUACUCCUCUUGGCGAGCUGGUCGGAAGUACCGGUCAACCUGGCGAGGGAUAAGACGUGGACGUACAUCUCACAUGCGCUGGCGUUGGCUGUGGAGUUGAGGUUGGAUACGCCGGUACCGUACUAUGUGCAGGUGGACCCGGGGAUUACGGUCAGGGACAGGGAGUUGUUUAUUAGGAAUGCGCAUCGAUGCUGCAUGCUCUUGUAUAUCCACGACAGGAACAUGGCCAUGGUAGCCGGUCGGUAUCCGAUCUUUCCAGAAUCGCCCAUCUUUUCAGAGAGCAACCUUGCGUCGUGGGGAAAACAUCCUCAAGCGUACCGCUUCGAUGCUUCUCUCUGCGCUUCGGUCACCCUGAGAAAGCUGGUCAACGCCGUUCGACAUGGACUCGACCUCGCGGCGCCAGUAGCGGAUUCGAUGGCUGUGAUCGACGAAUCGCUUGACGCCUGGCGGCAAGCCUGGCAGACCGAGAUUUCCUCCACCAAAGAAUACGACAUUAUCGCUCGAUUUUCGGCAUUUGUACUGGUCAUGACGUUGGUCCAGCGGCAGCAACAGACGGGUCGACUGGACCUCGGAUCUCGCCGGUACUAUGAGACGGUGGCUUUCGAGGUCUGCUGUGCGGCCAUCGACCAUUAUACCUCUUGGCCGGGCCUGCUCAAUUCUGCGACGUUCGAUACGAGCAUGGUCACGUACUGCGCACUCUGCAUAGUUCAGUCGAUCGGUAGCUCUCCCGCCAAUGCGCUUUCGGACUGGUCCUUGCUGCGUCUAGCUACGCUCCAAGAACUGGUGUCUCUUCUCGAAGCGCAAGCAGCUGGCCGACAUCAGGUGCCAACAUCUAUAGGGACCAACGUCGUCGAUGCAAUGGCUCGACGGCUUUCACGAGAGAUCAGUUUAGUACUUGCAAAGACGCAUACAAGCCAUCAUCGCGAGCCACACCCUUCGACUUCGAGGAUGCCAAUCACCGAGCAGAUCGUACCUCAAGACUGGUGGGGCGGGGACUUACGCUCUACACAAGAGACGACGCAACACUCCACCCAGAAUCACAAUGGCAACGUCGGGGGUCUCUUUCUAUCCGACUCGGCUUGGCAGGAGCUCCUAGAUCAGACGCAAGAGGAACCCGUACCGAUGUUGAGCGACGCGGAACUCGAAGCGAUCGUGGCCGGGCUACCUUCGUUCGAUUUGAGCUGGUGGGCCAUGUAGCAGGCGAGCAAAACUGGUCAAGAGAAGGGGAUCCGGAACCGCAGCGACGUAGCUAUGUCGCAUCGCUCGGCCUCAAUGACCACCACAAUACCUGCGCGGUGUAGGUCGGAACCAUACCAGGACAAGGCUACCAAACGUAGACC